GCUCUUGCUUUAGUACGUUUGUAUAACCAUAGAGUGAUACAGUUGUUACUUAUUUGGUGGUUUCGCAUGUAUUUAUUACUCGUACUUCCUGGAUUCUCUGUACAAGCUGCAGACAUUGAAACGACGUCCUGAAAUGAAAAAAAAAAAUCAUUUUAUCUGAAAUGCACAAUCAUAUCACCACAGCUGCAGGUAGUGGAGUCACACUGAAUGACCUCAACUGACAUCAAACGCAUUGGACGUUUCCUCUGAUCUCUCCCAGCAUGCAACUUGUCGUUCGUCUGUUUCACUUUCACUCUUGAAUUAUUUGUGCUAUAUCGGCGUGCAGAAGACGACACGGUGAAAAGGAUUUCCUGCUUUCAUUCUCACCAUGUUACCUCUCCUGCUGCUGCUGCUGCUGCUGUUCCUUCCCUUCCCUUCUUCAUCAGGAGCGCAGUUACCAAACCAAGGCCAAGCCAAGGCUGUCCCCAUAGCCACCAACGGCCAGCCAUUCCCCUGGGAGCACAUGAGACUUCCUAAAACCGUCUCCCCCCUCCACUAUGACCUUACCAUCCACCCCAACCUGACCACGCUCGAUUUCACCGGCGUAGUUCGCAUCCAGCUGGACGUGCACGAAGACACCAGCACCAUCGUUCUCCAUGCCAAGCAGAUGCAAGUAUCCAAUGUGCUGCUUCUUGCACCUGAAGGUGUGAGGCCCCUCCAGGUGUUGGAGUAUCCUCGUUUCCACCAGCUCGCCUUGUUGUCAGACUCGGUGCUGACCAAAGGUAGGAAGUAUGAAGUUCAGCUGGAGUUUGCUGCCAACUUGUCUGACAGCUUUCACGGUUUCUACAAGAGCAGCUACCGCACCAGCAGUGGGGAGGUCCGGGUUCUGGCAUCCACGCAGUUUGAAGCCACCUUUGCUCGCGCAGCCUUCCCCUGUUUUGAUGAGCCCGCCUUCAAAGCCAACUUCACCAUACAGAUGAUACGAGAGCCACGCCACAUUACCAUAUCCAACAUGCCCAAGGUAAGGACAGUGGAGUUGCCAGGUGGCCUGCUUGAGGAUCACUUCGACACCACUGUAAAAAUGAGCACUUACCUGGUGGCCUACAUUGUGUCUGACUUCCUGUCUGUGAGCAGGACCACGCAGCACGGUGUCAAGAUUUCAAUCUACGCUGUACCUGAGAGGAUCAACCAGACCGCGUUUGCGCUGGAUGCUGCUGUUAAGCUGUUGGACUUCUAUGAUGACUAUUUUGAUAUUCCUUACCCGCUUCCCAAACAGGACCUGGCUGCUAUCCCUGACUUCCAGUCAGGUGCGAUGGAGAACUGGGGUCUGACCACUUACAGGGAGACGGGCCUGCUCUUUGACCCUGACAAGUCCUCAGCCUCAGACAAACUGGGUAUCACCAAGGUCAUCGCCCAUGAGCUUGCACACCAGUGGUUCGGGAACCUGGUGACGAUGGAGUGGUGGAAUGACCUGUGGCUCAACGAGGGUUUCGCCAAGUUCAUGGAGUUCAUUUCUCUCGACAUCACCUACCCAGAGCUGCAUGUGGAUGACUUCUUCUUGGGGAAAUGUUUUGAGGCCAUGGAGGUAGACUCCCUCAGCUCCUCUCACCCAGUCUCCACCCACGUGGAAAACCCCACGCAGAUCCAGGAGAUGUUCGACGAUGUGUCAUAUGACAAGGGAGCAUGUAUUCUGAAUAUGCUGCGGGACUUCCUGACUCCUGAGGUCUUUGAGAUUGGCAUCAUCCGAUACCUCAAGCGCUACAGCUACCAAAACACUGUCAACAGUCACCUGUGGGAGAGCCUGACUGAUAUCUGCAACUCAGAUGAUCUGGACGAAGGCCAAAAGAAACACAAAGAAUUCUGCUCCAAGCGUGACCUCCAGUCUGGAGCCUCUAAAUGGUAUUCUGGUGAUGAGCUGGAUGUCAAAGCCAUCAUGGACACCUGGACGCUGCAGGAGGGUUUCCCACUGGUCACUGUGGAGGUCAGAGGUCGCGAGGUCAGGCUCAGUCAGGAGCGGUACCUGAAGACAGACGACACCUCCCUCACUGAAGGAUUCCACUGGCAGAUCCCGCUGACCUACGUGACCAGCGCCUCCAACACCAUCCACCGCUUCCUACUGAAGACCAAGACUGAUGUCCUGUACCUGCCGGAGGAGGUGGACUGGGUGAAGUUCAAUGUGGACAUGAGCGGCUACUACAUGGUCCACUACGCAGGCGAAGGGUGGAACUCUAUUAUCAAACUGCUGCUACACAACCACACAGCCCUGACCAGCAACGACCGUGCCAGCCUCAUCCACAACGUCUUCCAGUUGGUCAGUAUAGGGAAGGUGAGGCUGGACACGGCUCUGGAGCUGUCUCUGUACCUGUCCAAAGAGACUGAGAUCAUGGCCGUGACUCAGGGCUUUGGAGAGCUCGUGCCUCUCUACAAACUGAUGGAGAAGAGAGACAUGCCUGCUCUGGAGAACCAGAUGAAGGGCUACAUCGUGGAUCUGUUCCGGGGACUGAUUGAUCGGCAGGAAUGGACUGACUCUGGAUCAGUGUCUGAGCGAAUGUUAAGGAGUUACCUGAUUCUGUUCGCCUGCGUCAGGAACUACGCUCCAUGUUUGACCAAAGCCACCCAGCUCUUUAACAAGUGGAAGGACUCGGAUGGCACCAUGAGCCUGCCUGUCGACGUCACCAUGGCAGUGUUUGUGAUUGGAGCUCGAACACCAGAGGGGUGGAACUUCCUGUUUGAAAAGUACCGCCAUUCCCUGCAGUUGUCUGUGAAAAGCCGUAUGAAGGUUGCAAUGGCCGUCAGCCCACUGCAGGACAAGCUCAAGUGGAUGAUGGAGCAGAGCCUCCACGGUGAGGUGAUGAAGACUCAGGACCUCCCAGAUGUGGUCGUCUCUGUCAGCAAGAACCCCCAUGGCUACAAGCUGGCCUGGGACUUCCUCCGGGCCAACUGGCACACCAUGAUCAAGAAAUUUGACUUGGGCUCCAACACUAUAUCACACAUGGUGACUGGGGUGACCAACCAGUAUUCUACCAGGGAGAUGCUGGAUGAGGUACGAAACUUCUUUGGCUCCCUGACCGAGGAGACGGGCUCAGAGAUGAGGUGUAUCCGGCAGACCUACGAGACCAUAGAGGAUAACAUCCGUUGGAUGGACACCAAUCUUUCCGUGCUCCAGGCCUGGUUGGACAAACACACCCGCAGAGCCGUGCAUGACGAUUUGUAGCUUCAGGGGAAACAAAAAAGUAUGUCGCUAAAGGCAGAAACUACAAGAGGUGUGGAUGCGAGUCGCAAGACUUGGACCAUCUCUUGAAAUUCAACUUUGAUUUUAACACCAAUGACUCUUGACUUACAUUUGCUAAACAUAAAGAUAAAAAAAAAAAAAAACAUAACCAGCAAAUGAAGACUUGAUCCUGUGUGGGGACAUUUUCAAUAUGUAUGAGGAUUCCUGUGUGAAACCUGUUUUUGUGAAGUACAUUUUCAUUCAUGUUGCAUUAUCCCCACAGAAAGCAACAGCAAGAAAAUUGUACAGUGUUGUACAAAUACUAAAUAUACUUUUUUUUUUUUUUUCAUAUUAAUGUACCAGACUACUCCUCCUCAUCUGAAGUUAUCCUAAUGCACUUGUUAGAUUUAUGCACUGUGUAAGGGUUGUUAAACCACAACUGACCUGAAUAUGUGUAAAAUUCAAAAGCACACUGCUGUAAAAUCAAAUCAUAUACAGUUUUUGCAUUGUUUGCUUGAAUUUCCAAUAUUGGAACCUAAUUAUGAAUUCUGACACCACUGGUCCUUCUUGUUUUUUUUACUUUUUUGAAAUUCUCUUAGAUGACAAAAGAAAGUGCGCUAUAGAUAAGAAGUUACAAAAAAAAAGUUUAUUCAACAACUCAGUAGUGUUUUAUGCUACUGCAAAAUUCCUUUUCUGUAAGACAGGAUUCAAAGCAAUUCUGUUAUUUUGUAAGGAGAAUGGUUAAAUUAUAUUUUGGACAAAUAAAGUUAAUUUGACUUAA